UGUCGUCGAUGGAAUCGGUGGCAGCGCUCUAAACGACCUCAGGUUGGACUGUGCCCGCGAACUGUGUCCACAGAGGAUCGGGAGUGACGUCACCUGCGGGCUACCUUACCCUUCCUGUCUCGAGGAGCAGAGAGGAUCGAGCAAUGGAGGAGACCAACUCGAGCGAAGAGCUUCCCUUGUUUCCCGAGGAAGGCAUGCCCGAGGACUACGACUACGAGGAGUCGGCGUGGCGCUUCGACCUCGCCGACCUGGUCCCGACCGCGGCCGUGUACGGCGCCACCCUCCUGCUGGGCCUGGUGGGCAACCUGCUCAUCGUGUACACGGUGGCCCGUUUCCCGCGCAUGCGCUCCAUUUCCAACCUGUUCCUGGCGUCGCUCGCCUCGGCCGACCUUCUCAUCGUGCUGCUCUGCGUGCCGGUCAAGUUCGGCCAGCUCUUCUCGUACACGUGGACGCUGGGCGAGGUGGGAUGCAAGCUGCUGCUGUACGUGCAGCACGUGUCCAUGAUCUGCUCCGUGCUCAACCUCACCUUCCUCAGCAUCGAGAGGUACUACGCGGUCAUCCACCCGGUUCGCUCCCGCUACCUGUGCACCUUUAGUCAAGCCAGGCGGGUGAUCAUCUUCAUUUGGAUCGCUGCCUUCCUCACGGCGCUGCCCAUCAUCUUCGUGCAGGUACACGUGGAGAUGGGCCUUCGUCGUCGCGCAUACUGGUGCAUGCGCGACGAAGCCAGUCCCGGUGCGUGGCGCUCUUUCGAGAUCUACAUGCUCAUCCUGGUGCUGUGCAUACCCACCCUGGUCAUGGGCUACGCUUAUACCAAGAUUUGCGCCCAGCUGUGGAUGGUCGUUCGAGAGCGAGCCAGUCUCACCACGGGCACCUCUGUGGCGACGGAGAUGACCGAGAAGAAAUCCAAAAAGAAGACCACUUUCGCGCCGAACGGCGACCCGUCCGGCCUCAAGCCCUCACGCGCAGACGAGGACACCGUUCGUCAGGUGAUCAAGAUGCUCAUCCUGGUCGUCUGCCUCUUCGUGCUCUGCUGGGCCCCGAUCCUGAUCCUGAACGUGCUCACGGCGUUCGGUGGCGUCGCGACGCUCAACUACUCCUACCUGAAACCCCUGCGCACCUGCUUCCAUCUGCUGUCCUACCUGAACAGCUGCGUCAACCCGCUCGUGUACGGCUUCAUGUCGCGCUCCUUCCGAGGUUCCUUCCGCGAAGCCCUGUUCGGCUGCGUGCACCCGGGCUCGGCGACGCCCUGGCGCGGGGCCACGAUGCGACUCAGCCGGACGCGCACCACGAGCGUCAGCAUGGGGCGCUCGGCCACCUACGUCACGUGACCCUGCCGACAAAAGCCGGACGCGGGCGUCGAGGACGGCCCCGUCUGCUGCGUCCCGUGGAAGGGCAACGAUCAUUCCGGCGUGGACACUUGAGAUAAAAAGAAAAAAAAGAAAAGACGCAAGUUGAUGGAGACGUAAAGUGAUGGACACCCAGAAUGAUGGCCACUCCAAAUUGAUGGACGCCCAAAUUGACGUUGUUAUGCACGCGGGAGAGCAGUGCUAGCAUCGGUAACCUGAAGGUCUAUACACUGCUGUGCUGUGAGGAUGCUGCAAAGCGAGGAGUGCGAACAGCUGGGGGAAUACUGGGCACUUCGGUGCAUGGUAGACACUUGAAGGCAAGAUGAACGCUUGAAAAUAUGGUGGACGCUUGAGAACUCAGUGGACGCUUGAAACGGCGAAAUGGACGCAGUGGAUCUGUGAGACAAUUGACAUAGCGCUUUAGGAGCACGGAAGGCUUGCUAAGCCAAGAAGUCGUCGUCUGCGGGUAAUGUGCACAAUUUAAAAAAGAAAUGAGGUUUUGGUCCCUCGGGCAGUAAAAAAAAAAAAAAAAGUGCCGCGAAAAUUUCAGAGCCGGGUUACUUCAAUGGGUAUUUGAAGGGUCGUUACAAAUACGCAGCGGAAGUUCCCAUACUCAUGUUUCACGCUUGACGAGGACAGUGGACACACUGGCGGGCGUAGCGUGUGCCUUAAUUGUAUGAAGUGCACAUUCAAAAAACACUUGUGGACCCCAUAAGAGAGAACAGCGAAGUCCUGACGCAAAGCGUGUAAGCAGGGCGGGGCGUGUGUAUUUGAAUGCGAGCGCUCACAUGAAAACGUUGGUGUGGACACUUGAGGACACUCUGGGCAAAAAGAUAAGAUCGACUUCACAAUUUACAGCACGACGUCCUGAACAAGACGGAUCGACUGACGUACGAAAGCAACGGCGGGCAACUAGUCAGGGCGGUAUUGACGUCUAUGAAAGUGUUGAGAACCUGUGCCGGACAAUACAAGGCGCCAAGACGGUCGAAACUUGGGAGGAUUCCCGUGGACGUGGCGGACAGGGCCUUGAAUAUAGAGUGCAAGUAAGAUCGACGUUCGCCGGAGGAGGUAUCGAUAGACGCCCUUCGGGCACCUGCGACCAUUGGUCAUCAAGAAUAUAGAGCACAGUGGCUGGACGGUAACUCUAAGUCGCGUUAUUCAGUGCGAACUGCCAGCGAAUGACUGACGCCAGUGCCAAAAUGACUGUGUGCGUGUUUUUUGUGUUUUUUUUUUCCGGUGAAUGGUCGAAGUUGUUUUUCAGUGACAGCCUUGCGGUUCAGAGAUUCAUGAGGACCUGUGAGCGUUGAUUGUAUACUACUACACCCAUCGUUGACGUUGCUCCCCAACGCUACUAAAACGUUAAGUGUGCGCAACAGACAUCGCUGUUAGCGGAACACGCCCAAAACGUAAUAUUCGGCAUAGCUAUAUUUAUGUCUAAU